AGAAAGCACCAACAUUUUAGCAGCUCUUAAUCUAUGUCCUUUGCUCCCAGUUACUUGUAUUUUUUUUCCUUGACUCCUUAUGGAAGAAACAGUACCGCCAAGAUCUAGUCUCGAAAUCCGCCGUUGCAGGUUAAGACCAUUUUGCGUAUGAUGUCAGGACGCCAUUCGCAGGAGGGCAUUGGAUACGGGGGGGAAAAUCCUUGCGUUGGCAACAGUGGAGCGUCUUCAGAUUGUGUCUUAGUUGCAGUACUGUGUGGAAACUAGCUUUCUACUUUGAAACUGGAAAACACCACAGGUAACAACAAACUUUGAAAGUUGAAAAUCUCUAAAGAAUUACUUAGUCAAGGUCAGUCUUCUCAAGAAGCAGUCUGAAACUGAGAAGGAAAGAGAAAGCAAGAGAGGGAGGAAUGAGAAGGAACAGGAAAGAAGAAAGUCGUUCUACUGCUUGAAUGGCAGAUUCCACUUUCCACUCCUUAUCAGCAGUCUGGCAGGCAGUGACAAAUCCUGGCUAUUAGCACCAGAGAGAGACUGUUACCAGGGACAACCAAAGCAACACUACACGCUCACUCGGGCAAGGGAACUGAGCUUUGCAGAGCACUCCCUGCAUCAGAGAGCUGUAAGCAGAAGACAGUGUCCUCGGCAUAAGAUGAUGCAGCUUGACAAUUAGGCUGGACUUUCAGGUAUUUUUUGGUGUAAAGAGGUGAUUUGACUUGGGGAAUUAAAAAAAAAUCUCCCUUCUUGCUAUAAUAGGUGGGGACAGUAGACUGAAGUUUUUUCCUCUCUGUGAGGAAUUGAAGCCUUCAAGGACCUAUACUCGAACAUUUGGACUAGGGAUUUACAGUUUACAUUCAAUGCACUAGAGGACCUUACACUGGCAACAUGGGAAAAUCUAACAGCAAGCUGAAACCAGAAGUAGUGGAAGAGCUGACAAGGAAGACCUACUUCACAGAGAAGGAGGUGCAGCAAUGGUACAAAGGUUUCAUCAAAGACUGCCCCAGUGGACAGCUGGAUGCUGCGGGUUUUCAGAAGAUCUACAAACAGUUUUUCCCUUUUGGAGACCCAACAAAGUUUGCUACUUUUGUCUUCAAUGUCUUUGAUGAGAACAAAGAUGGAAAAAUAGAGUUCUCAGAGUUUAUUCAGGCACUAUCAGUAACCUCGCGAGGGACUCUGGAUGAGAAGCUGCGAUGGGCAUUUAAACUGUAUGACCUGGACAAUGAUGGUUACAUCACAAGAAACGAGAUGCUGGAUAUUGUGGAUGCUAUCUAUCAAAUGGUAGGAAAUACAGUUGAGCUUCCUGAAGAAGAAAACACACCAGAAAAACGGGUAGAUAGAAUUUUUGCCAUGAUGGAUAAGAAUGCUGAUGGAAAGCUGACCCUUCAGGAGUUCCAGGAAGGCUCAAAAGCAGACCCGUCUAUUGUGCAGGCAUUGUCUCUCUAUGAUGGCCUUGUAUAGUUCUUCCUGUUUUGUACUAUGGUGCCCAGGGGUUGACUCCUUCAGUGCCAUUGGCGAAGAAAGGUUGUUCUCUAUAGCAUUCUUAAACAUGAUGCGAACAAGGGACGCACUUGGAGGUGCGAAGUACCUGCCUCCCGCCAUCAUUGCUCAACUUCAUUUUGCCAAUUCCGCUUGUGAGAAAAAAAUAAAACAAAACAGCAGCAUACUUCUUGAACUGGGGAUGCUUGCUUUAGAGGAAAUUCCAUCUUUUUAUUAUGAAAGAACAAUUUUGAAAAUAUAUAGAUAUGCACAUAUAUAUAUAUAAAAUAUGUACAUAUGCACAAUUUUUCAUGUAUGAACUUCACAGAAAAUGAUUAUCGGUAUAUGUUUGUGUGUAAGAUGGAACUUCGGAUAACCUGAAACCAAGGAAAAAUAUUGUUAUGUAUCAUCCCAAAUAUUAACUUGAGUACAGCUUGCUGUGCUAUGAUUUUGUGACAGUAUUGUACUUCUUUUUGUGAGCGUUUAUUUUUUUUUAAUCCAAGUAUUCAUCUGUCUGUAUAUACAGUAUGUAACAAUAUUGCUAAUAUUCUAUACAACAUACUCCCCUAUAAGGCAGAGAGGUCAGACUGCCUGUGCUGUAAGACUACAGUACCUCCCCUUCACUUCCUGUAUUGUCACACAAAAUGCUUGAAGUAGGUAGUUGCAUCUUUGCACUUCACAGAGGGGGCCACUGUACAGUGUGUGUUGUACAUGCAGAAGUCGUAUGUUUUAAUGUUUUAUUAAUGCGGUAGACAGUCUCAGGAGCUGCAUACAGUUUGUGUGUAAUUGUUUACUACCAUGCCAUCUGAAGUGACUAACAUUUCCAGUUACUUAGCUGCAAGCGUUUCUUUUCCCAUAUAUUUACAAACAAAUGUCCUUUUGCGAAUAUAUAUGUAAUACAAGAGUUGUAGGUUGUUUGCUGGUGCUCAGGACUUUUUUUUUGACAUUUUUCUUUCAUCUUCCAAACUGAUUUGUGUUAUGUUUUACAGCUGAAUGGAGAUGCAACAGGUCAAGCCUACUGUUAAUUAAGCGUAUUUGCAAUACUGUAUCAUUGAAUUGGAAAAUGCAGAUUCAUCCCCAUUCUAGCCCCCAUGUCUCUAAUGAACAGAGGUCAACAGUAAGUAAAUUAAUCCCCAACUAAUACACACACCCCACAUAACCCUUAGCUACCUCCUUACUAACAUAUACCCCAGCAUAUAGGCACCAAAGACCAAUAGGACAGAACUGGGUUGGGUUACACAGCUAGACUUGUAAAGACCCUGCUGGUCAUUAGCCUAGUAUAAACUUAUGAGCUAUUAAUUUUUUUUUAGAGUGCAGCUUCCAUUAGUUUAGGAUGAUGGCUUCAGUGAUCAUUCUUAUUUAUGUUAACACACUUAAAUUAUUCAUACAAAUAAUUUCAUGAUAUCUCCCUUACUUCUCCCUGUUUUGUGCUCUGUAGAAGGAUUGGAGUAGCCAAGGCUGAAGUUCAAGUGGGAUUUUGUUCAAACAGGAAACGGUCGGUAUGUCUUCCAUUUGUCUGUAAGGGAGAGAAGGUUUUGUGAAACUGUAAUAAAAUUGUUAGCACUAGUUAUUGUAAUCAUUCACCAACCAGUACUGCUAAUCUGUCUCCUCCUUACCCUAAAACUGCAAACUGAUACCAAAUUAGUUAAUUUUAAACCUGGUCAGUAUUCACAUCACUGACUUUAUAUUUUCGUCUUCAUUUGUUUUUUCACGUCCUAUGUUGAGCUCCUACAUAAGAGACAGAAAAAGACUGGAUUUCAGGUAUUAGAGUACAAGCAAUGCAGAGAGCACAAGCAAAAUAAAGCAGAC